AUGGAGAAUUGGCAUGAUCUGUUUCCGAUCUCUCACGUUCAGUACCUACCUAUGAUUGGAUCUGAUCACAGGCCAAUUUUAGCUACACUGGACUCAAAAAUCAUGAGAAGGUGGAAACAAUUUCGGUUCGACAAACGAUGGAUUGGUCUGGAGGGUCUUCUGGAGUCUAUUCAACGAGGAUGGUCUACCACUCGAGGAGAGGUGGAUCUGAGCUUGGUUGAUAGGAUUCAAAAUUGCCGACAUGAGAUAUCUGUGUGGAGGAAAGACAAACAACCAUACGGAAAACAGAAGAUAGAAGAGUUGCAACGGGCUCUGGAGGAGGUACAAAACGAUGACAAUAGCACUCAGGAUGAGCUUGUUGAUAUCACAAAUAAACUCAAGGAAGCAUAUAGGGAUGAGGAGGAAUAUUGGAAACAGAAAAGUCGGAAUAUGUGGCUAAAGGAUGGGGAUUUGAAUACUAAGUUCUUUCAUGCCUCCACGAAACAGAGGAGAGCAGUUAAUAGAAUUGCCGGGCUUCAUAAUGAUGUGAAUGUAUGGGUAGCAGGCGAAAAAGAGGUGGAAGACGUAGCGGUCAGUUAUUUUGAUAAACUGUUUACGUCGUCUUUACUAGGGGAUUUCACGGGAGUACUUGAACAUAUGCCGCACCGGAUUACUACUCAGGAGAACGAAGCGUUGGUUCGCCAUGCAACCGAGUCAGAGGUGCAUGAUGCGUUAUUUAUGAUGCAUUCAGAGAAAGCACCGGGACCGGAUAGCAUGACAGCGUUAUUUUUCCAACGGUCAUUGCAUACCAUUAAAAAUGAUGUUUUCAAAAUGGUUAAUAAUUUUCUAACAGCGGGUACUUUUGACGAAAGAUUGAAUAUGACCCACAUUUGUUUAAUCCCAAAGACGGGACGACCAAGUAGGAUGACGGAGUUACGGCCAAUUAGCCUUUGUAAUGUGGGUUAUAAAAUCAUCUCCAAAGUUCUCUGUCAGAAGCUUAAAGUGCUCUUACCUAGAGGAACAGAAACACAUUCAGGGCUUAAGGUGGCUAGGGCAUGUCCACCGGUGUCCCAUCUUCUUUUUGCGGAUGAUAGCUUGUUUUUCUGCAAAGCGAACGUCGACAAAAGUCAAGUUUUACUUCAAAUCCUAAAGGAGUAUGAGAUCACUUCUGGGCAACAGAUAAAUCUUGGAAAAUCAUCGGUACAAUUUGGUCAUACGGUAGAGGUAGGAGUGCGGGCGGAGAUACACCAAAUCCUGGGAAUUAGCAAGGUGGGAGGCGUCGGAAACUACUUGGGGAUCCCAGAAAGCAUUGGUGGCGCAAAGACAAAGAUCUUCAGUUUUUUGAUAGAUAGACAACAACAACGGAUUAAUGGCUGA